CCCGAGCGUUGACCUCGGGUUCCGGGUUCGCGGAACCAAGAUGGCGGCGGCCAGGUAUUGGAAGCUGGUGCCCCGCCGGGGCCUGUCCCUCCAGGCCGCUACCUCAGAGGCCGCCGCCCCGGCCACCCAGGGGAGCGAUGCAGAGGCCGUGGCGACGCCGGCCGCGCGGUACCCGCCGAUCGUGGCUUCCAUGACGGCCGACAGCAAGGCGGCGCGGCAGCGGCGGGUGCAGCGCUGGCAGGCGGCGGUGCACGCCGCCCCGUCCGUGGACGAGAAGAUACGGCUCCUCACCAAGAUGCAGUUCAAGAAGUACGUGGUGUAUCCGCAGACCUUCGCCCUGCACGCCGACCGCUGGUACCAGGGCUUCACCAAGACGGUGUUCCUUUCGGGCCUGCCGCCCGCGCCCGUGCGGGCGCCGCCCUCGCUCGACCUCGCGGCCCUGCGCGCCGCCGUCUGCGACUGCAUCCUGCAGGAGCAUGUCUACCUGCGGCGUGGCCGGCGCCGGCGCCUCUUCGAUCAGCGCCAGGCCCUCGCCUCGCCGGUCCUGGACCAACUGGUGGGGACUCUGGUGAACCUGCUCGCCCCACUCAACCCUGUCCUGACCACUGCGGCCCUCGAUUGUAAGCGCCCUGUUGACUUUUACUGGCAUCGUGGUGAAGAAAGGAUUCCUGCUGGUCAUCGAAAAGGUCAUAUUGAUGCUUUAAGAUACCAAAUAAAUGAUAAACCACACAACCAGAUAAGAAUAUCUAAGCAACUGCCUGAGUUUGUCCCAUUGGAUUACUCCAUUCCUGUGGAAAUCCCUGUUAUGAAAUGUAAACCAGACAAGCUUCCAUUGUUCAAACGGCAAUAUGAAAACUCCAUAUUUACUGGCUCAAAAACAGCAGACCCAUGCUGCUAUGGUCACACCCAGUUUCAUUUGUUACCUGACCGUUUACAUAGAGAAAAGCUGUUAAAACUAAACCAAGCUGAACAGGUGGAAGUUGUUUUUAGAGCUAAUGCCCUUGCAAGUCUUUUCGCUUGGACCGGAGCUCAAGCUAUGUACCAAGGAUUCUGGAGCGAAGCAGACGUUACUCGACCUUUUGUCUCCCAGGGCGUGAUCACAGACGGAAAAUAUUUUUCUUUUUUCUGCUACCAGUUGAAUACUUUGGCACUGACUGUACAAGCUGAUCAAAAUAACCCUCGUAAGAAUAUAUGUUGGGGGACACAGAGUAAGCCUCUUUAUGAGACAGUGGAAGAUAAUGAUGUGAAAGGCUUUGAUGAUGAUGUUCUCCUGCAGAUAGUUGACUUUCUUCUAAAUAAACCGCAAGAAGACAGGACUCAGCUGUUGGGAAGCCAGGAGAAAGCACUUGAUCUGGGACCUUGAGGA